CGGUGGAGGGAUGCCAGCCGCGCCCGCCGCUCGCCUGCCCAGGUCGGCCCUGGGGACCUGGGAAACUAGUGAGGUUCACCGGCCACCGCCCCCAAGAUGCUUUCACUUCCCCGGCUCCGCGGGAUUUAGUCACAUGUCCGGGGUGAUGAGGACAGGAAAGCCCGCGGGCCUCCCGGAACACACGGCGCCCAGACGCGAGGAGCGGGCCACGGGCUCCCCAACCCUGACGUCACGCCGCCCCCACCCCGAGUCUGCGCCCAGGCCCUGUGCCCCGGAAGACAUGGAGUUUGUGUCUGGAUAUCGAGAUGAGUUCCUUGAUUUCACUGCCCUCCUCUUUGGCUGGUUCCGAAAGUUCGUGGCAGAGCGUGGGGCUGUGGAGACCAGCCUGGAGGGCCGCUGGCGACAGUUGGAGGCGCAGAUCAGAAGGCUGCCCCAGGACCCUGCCCUUUGGGUGCUCCAUGUCUUGCCCAACCGUAGUGUGGGCAUCAGCUUGGGGCAAGGGGCAGAGCCUGGACCAGGCCUGGGGGCGGGCUGGCUGCUGGGAGAUCAGCCCCCACUCCACCUUCGAGACCUAAGCCCCUAUGUCAGCUUUGUCAGUUUGGAGGAAGGCGAGGAAGGGGAGGAAGAAGAAGAGGAGGAAGAGGAAGAAAAUGGAGAGGAAGAGGGUGCAGGCACAGAGAAGGUAGAACCAGAGGAGGAUGGGGAGCCAGUCCAUACGAGCAGGGAGUCCCCCCAGGAAGCAAAUCUUCCAGGGCAGCCAGAGGAGGCCGAGCAGAAGGAAGGAGGUGGCGAGAAUGGCUGUCAAGACGAGAGGGCAGAAGACGAAACUGGGCCUAAGAGGAGGAAGGGGCGAAGAAGUGAUGCUGCCCCCCUGCACCUUGCCUGCCUCUUACUGGUGACGGAUGAACAUGGCACCAUCUUGGGCAUUGACCUGCUAAUGGAUGGAGCCCAGAGGAGUGCAGGCAAGGGCUCAUGGACAGAGAACCUGGCUCCUCGGGCCUAUGCUCUCCUCUGCCACAGCAUGGCCUGCCCCAUGGGCUCUGGAGACCCUCGAAAGCCCCGGCAGCUUACUGUGGGAGAUGCCCAGCUGCACCGAGAGCUGGAGAGUCUGGUCCCAAGGCUGGGAGUGAAGUUAGCCAAGACCCCAAUGCGGACAUGGGGUCCCCAGCCAGGCUUCACCUUUGCCUCCCUUCGGGCUCGAACCUGCCAUGUUUGUCACAAGCACAGCUUUGAAGUGAAGCUGACACCCUGCCCCCAGUGUAGUGCUGUCUUGUACUGUGGAGAGGCCUGUCUCCGGGCCGACUGGCGGCGAUGCCCAGAUGAUGUGAGCCACAGAUUUUGGUGCCCGAGGCUUGCAGCCUUCAUGGAGCGGACAGGGGAACUGGCAACUCUGCCUUUCACCUACACUGCAGAGGUGACCAGUGAAACCUUCAACAAGGAGGCCUUCCUGGCCUCACGAGGCCUCACUCGUGGCUACUGGACCCAGAUCAGCAUGCUGAUCCCAGGCCCUGGCACCCCCAGGCACCCCCGGGGCAGCACACCAUCCCGCAGCCUUCUUCUCAAUGGAGAUCCCUACCAGCUUCUCCAGGGGGACGGGCCUGUCCUGAUGCCUCCAGUGCCCCCAGAUCCACCCAGGGGCCUCUUUGGCUCGUGGCAGGAUUACUACACAUGGCGGGGCCUCAGCUUGGACUCCCCCAUGGCUGUGCUGCUCACCUACCCGCUGACUGUGUACUAUGUCAUCACCCACCUGGUGCCCCAGUCCUUCCCCGAGCUCAACAUCCAGAACAAACAAUCUCUGAAAAUCCACGUGGUGGAGGCUGGGAAGGAGUUUGACCUUGUCAUGGUGUUCUGGGAGCUCUUGGUCUUGCUCCCCCACGUGGCCCUGGAACUACAGUUUGUGGGUGAUGGCCUGCCCCCCGAGAGUGACCAGCAGCAUUUUACCCUGCAGAGGGAUGGCCCUGAAGUCUCCGUCCGUCCUGGUUCCGGGGUGUCAGCUCGGCUCAGCUCUGGAACUAAGGAGAAGGGGGGCCGGAGGGACCUGCAGAUCAAAGUGUCUGCUCGGCCCUACCACCUGCUCCAGGGGCCCAAGCCCGACUUGGUUAUUGGAUUUAACUCGGGCUUUGGUCUCAAAGAUACUUGGCUGAGCUCGCUGCCCCGCUUACAGUCCCUCCGAGUGCCCGCCUUCUUCACCGAGAGCAGCGAGUACGGCUGUGUGAUGGACGAACAGACCAUGGCAGUGGCCGCCGGAGGGGGCACCAGCCCCCCACAGCCCAACCCUUUCCGCUCCCCGUUUCGUCUCAGAGCGGCCGACAACUGCAUGCCCUGGUAAGGGUCCCCCCGCUCCCUGUGCUCUCCCCCUCCCACCCCCGCCUUAGCUUCUUCCUCUGCGGCUGCGCAUCCCAAAGCCCAGCCCUACCAUCGCCUCUGCUCUCCUGGGACCCUCCUCGCCCAGCCCUACAACCUGCCUUUUCUGCCCCGACUGCGCGUACCCUCUCGGCGGGUCUCCACAACCCGCACACCCCUCUUCAGAUCCAACGCACAAACCCCUCCAGCUCCGCG